UGUGCUCCAGUUCAUAGCAAGCGUACACAACGAGUCCAUCAUAUACACAGUCGAUAGUGACACAUACUUUAUUGCCCACUACAACGGAAAUUUUACUGACGAAAUACCGCCUCGUUGUGCGUUCCCACAAGUAAACCCAUAUGAUCCAAGCAUUAUGAAGAUUUCAGGGAUCGGCAAAAGAACGAUCAACUGUGAGGGAGAGUUCAUGCCUGACAUAACAUAUAUUGAAGGAGGUAAAAAACUCAUGGUUAAUGUGAGCCGAGUUAAAAAAUAUUUCACCACAAAUGAUUUCAAGGAAUGUAGCUACAUAAACAUUUAUCGGCACGUGACAGAUGAUAAUGAUUAUAAACUCAGUGAAUGGUCAAAGCCUUUUAAUGACAGUGUAGAACUUUUUAUAGAUACUGAAUUUAUAAAAGUGGCAUGCAAAAACAACAAAUCUGACGUUGUGUCAAAGAACUUCUACACUUUGAUCCCAAAACGAGAACAGUUCGAUGAAUCAGAUUUUCUCAAUCUCAAAAAACGGCAAGUUGUGUCGUCACCGAAAGAAACGUUAAACGUAAUUAUGGUAGGGAUGGACACAUUAGCUAGAAAUCAGUUUCUUAGGGGCUGCAACAAAACGUAUUCAUAUUUGAUGAAUUCGUUAAAAUCAUUUGAUCUAACGAUGCAUUCACAGCUGGGAAGUAACACGUUUGAUAAUUUUCUGCCGCUAUUCGCUGGCGAAUCAUAUGAUCAGAUCGCAAAAUGGUGGUCAGACAAAUAUCAUUUGGACAAUAUAGACUUGCUCUGGGGGUCAUUUGAAAAGGCUGGGUAUCGGACAUUGUACACCGAAGACUGGCCGGGAAUAGGGGCUUUUCAUUAUUUCAAGAAAAGUUUCAGAAAUAAGUUUGCCAGAUACAAUACUCGGCCAUUAACUCUAGCAAUGUCAGAAGAGAUAAAUUUUUAUAAACGUAGCCGUUACUGUGCUGGAAACCAGGUUGAGAUGAACUUUUUGCUUAAUUAUGUCCUUCUCUUUCUUGACACGUUUCAAGAUAAUCCUGUUUUCUCUGUUGCAAUGAUAACUAAACCUACCCACAACUACCCGACAGACGCCAAAAUGUUUGAUGAACAUCUUUUCAAUUUCUACCGGUCCCUGAAUCAAAGCGGCCACCUAAACAAAUCUUUGCUAGUUUCCUUUUCCGAUCACGGUGUCAGAUGGGGACCAUUGAGAGAUUCUAAGUACGGAUUUUUCGAAAGUCGCACUCCAUACACCAUCCUCACAUUCCCAGACUGGUUUCUGAGAAAGUACCCGGAUGUGGCUGCAAACCUGAAGGUCAACUCCAAACGUCUGACGUCUCAUUUUGACACUUAUGCAACUCUACUGGAUUUGCUCUACUUCAAAAGUAACUCAUCUUUAUUACCAAAAUCCAGACGCAGCAUCAGUCUCUUUGACAAAAUCCCCUGGGACAGAACAUGCGAGGAUGCAUCAGUACCACAAGAGUUCUGCUUGUGUGGGUACCAGAAUCUUGCAGAUGUUGACACGAAAUCACCGAUUUCAAAAGCCUUGGCCGAACUUGUCAUUGAAGCGCUGAAUUCAAAAACCGACAAAAAUAUUUGCGCUUCUUUCAAAGUUGAUCAAAUAAUCCACGUUCUUAAUAUUUCACUGUCCGAGGCAAAUUCCAAUGGUGAGACAACUCUGUAUAAAGUUAAUCUUCAAGUCACUCCAGGGUACGCCAUAUUUGAAGCCAGUGUUUAUGCGACAACAAACUCAGCAGAUUUCAGAGUGGCCAACAGCAUUGAUAGGCUCAACCUGUAUGAAGGACAGGCGGAUUGCAUGCAGAUUGCAAUGUACAAACCUUUUUGUUAUUGCAAGAAUUUGUUACCUAAGAAAGAAAAUACCCAUCAUUCCUCGUUGUAUUUGAACAUAACCGCAGCCCCUAUGAAAUAA